CUGCUUUUUAAAGUCUGCUGGAGCCGUUGAAGUUGUGGACAGUGUGUGGUGUGUUGAAUGAGACCAAAGCAAUGCGAAUAGUAGUAUUUCUGUCAUUAGUAGCUAUCCAGGUAUGAACAGGAAACGGGCUCUGAUUUCAGACACUUUCAAAGUGAAGAAAAGAAGAAAUGGCACUCACAAGUUUGGAGUUGUCAAUGAGGAUGAAGGACCAACUGACAUCAGAUCCACGUUGGCGUACAUCAUGACACUGUUCCCCCGAAAAGUCUUCAAUGACACUUUGCCUCAACUUGUGCUCAAACACCAACUGUACAGCAUACACAAUGACAAAACUAUGGUGGACAAGGAGGUGAAUAAACUGCGUGAACAAGGAGAACUGCUCAUGUUCCAGCUUGGGUUUGAUGCAGAAGCUUUCGGGCUGGUUUUCGCCUCAGACUACAAGGCCAAAGUGUUGGCAGGAGAGGAGGGCAGACAGACACGAGGGACAGUAGAGAAGUUCUUGGAGAAAGUGUUGUCGCCUUGUACAGAUCUGAGCUUCAGCAAAGACAAGAUGAUCAGAGAGUUCCUCUUCACAGACUCUGAGAUAACGCAGCUGGUGAAGUCGGGGGUCUUGACUGUGAGGGACGCGGGUAGCUGGUGGCUCUCCAUUCCAAACUCUGGCAAAUUCACCAAGUACUUUAUACAAGGUCGUAAAGCUGUGCUCGGCAUGGUGAAGAAAUCCAAAUAUAGUGAAGUCUUAAAGGCAGAGCUGGAGGAGCGACGAACAACCUCACAAGUGAAAUUCCACAUGAAAUACCAUAUUCAUGACAUUAUUGGUGCAGAGCUGGUAGAAAGUAUACCUACAACUUCAGGGACAAUGUUACGAUUUGUGGAUUCCUGAACUACUGCAGGAUGACUGACGUCUGGUUGAGGACUGACUAUAAAAAAAUGCCUUAGAUACACAAAAAUAGUGUCAAAGUGUUCGUAUGAAGACUGAGAAAAUUUUAAUUUAAGGUUUCAGGUUUUGUUUCUGGCCUUAUGUAUUAUAAAAACCUUGUAGGUUGAUAAAUUGUCAAUUAUGUUGAAAUGACUGUCUGAUGAUUUUUCUUGCAAAAUGAUUUGAAAUGGUUUUGGGUUUGUUUUUUUGCCCUCAUAUGUGGGCAGUAUGAUUAUAGUUGAUACAAUGAUCCUAACUGUGUGAUGUGUGAACUUUGGCUUUCUGUUGCUAACUGUAUUGCCAGAUUUGGCUGACAGAUACUCAAAUACCUCCGGAACUGUUAUUUUUUUGUGUAGUUGGGUGAAUCAAAAUCCAAUUACAAUAAUGAAAAAUGAAGUGUUUUAGCUAAUGUUACAUUCAAUGUAAGAAGUCCACACUUGUAUUAAAAUGUGUGACUUUA